GGGAAAAACGAGUGAAGAAGAGAAGCGUUUUAUUUUUAAAAAACAUUUUAUUAUCUAGCCCAGCAGCAGAUCUCUGGAGAGGAGGGUGAACUGCGCAGCGCUGCUCGUGCGAGGUGGAGCGGAGACACAUCUAAAACAUUCACAAUAAACUUCUCACAACAUCGAGACUCGGACUGCACCCUUACCAUAGACAACAUGGAAUAGAAGGACUCCGAGAGAAUCCUAACAACACAAAUUGAUGUUUUCUGCUGAAAAACCGUUAGAGGGGAAGAAACUGAUCCGUUAACAUCAGCAUCAAGCUCGUAGUGGAUUGAAAGAAGGAGCUCAAGAUGUCUGUACCGGUGUUCUGUAAAAUGUUUGACUGUCUGCAGGGGGCUUCAGCUGAGCUAGGAUCUAGAAUGCUGAAGCCCUCAUCUGCAGGAUCUGGAACUCAUCUAGAGCAUCACCUACUCCCUGCAGAGCCGCUGAAUGUGUUGGCAAAGGCCCUGUACGACAAUGUGGCGGAGUCUCCAGACGAGUUGUCCUUUCGGAAGGGCGACAUCAUGACCGUCCUGGAGCGAGACACGCAAGGCCUGGACGGCUGGUGGCUUUGCUCGCUGCACGGCCGUCAAGGCAUUGUUCCUGGCAACCGGUUGAAGAUUCUUGUAGGCAUGUAUGAUAAACAGCAACAGCAGCAGUUACAGCAGUUGUCGAGCCAACCCAGCCCAACCCAGAGCCUUCUCAACCUGCCUCAGAGUGCCUACAACAAGCUUCCCCCCUCAUCCCAGUACACAGCCAUGCACCCCGCCUUCACCUCCUCCAGCUCCGCCAACUCGACCAACCCAGACGGAGUCUACAUGCUCCCCCCCAGCCACGGCCUGCCCGCCUCCUCCAACCUCUACCAGGUGCCCACCGGCCCCCAACCUCCACAGCCCCAACCUAAAGCCCCCGCUGUGGCAAAAAAGCAAAGCCAGGCACAGUACCCUCCCACCCCGCAGGAUGUCUACCAGGUGCCCCCCUCCAUUAAUGUUCCAGGCCAGGACAUCUACCAGGUGCCACCCACUGCAGGAGGGCCGUGUCCCGGGCAGGACGUGUACCAGGUGCCACCCUCUAUGAACCAGACACAGGACAUUUACCAGAUUCCGCCAUCAAUAGAGAGGAGCUGGGACUCUCCCAAACCCAUGGGAAAGGUAGUUGUUCCCACACGGGUUGGUCAAAUGUACGUGUAUGACAUGGGGAAAAGUGAACAGGAUGAGUAUGACGUCCCCAGACACCUUCCACCCACACAGGAUAUCUAUGACGUGCCGCCCACCCGCACCCAGUACAAUCAACAGGUUUAUGAUACUCCUCCAAUGGCAAUGAAAGGCCCACCCAGUAGAGAUGGUCAGGAGAUCUAUGACACUCCACCUAGUGUGGACAAGAGCCAGCUGCACUACCAACAAACGGUAUAUGACAUUCCUCCAUCUGUCAGCAAAGAUGUUCCAGAUGGUCCAAUCAGGGAGGAAACGUACGACGUCCCUCCUCACUUUGCCAAGAUGAAGAGCCUAGAGAAUCAGAACCAGGCUUUUAUGUCUCAGAUCCCUGGCGGUCCCGAGCCUCCCAUACCAGAGGACGUGUAUGAUGUUCCUCCACCUCAGCUAGUAGCGAAACGGCAGCCUGAGGGCCAGGAGAUCUAUGACAUCCCUGCCAGCCUGCGAAAGAGUGGCUUACAGGACCACCACCCUGCAGAUGUGUAUGACUUCCCCCGCGAGCGGCCGUCAGUUGAAGAAUUGGGCGACUACAUCUACGAUGUGCCUCCUCAGGUGGUACGUGACGCAGCGGCCACAGAGGAUCUAACGGUCAGCUUCAAACGCCUAUCGGCGUCCAGCACAGGAAGCACUCGAAGUAACCACUCCACGUCCUCUCUGGACAUGGUGCCGGUGCGUGAAUCUUCUGGGCCGGGUCGCCUGCUGCUCUUGGAUCUGGACCAGGCCAUGGAGCGGCUGUCCCGUCAUCAACAGGCCGUAGAGAGCUCCGUGUCCCUCCUAAUGUCAUUCAUCAGUGGGAACUGGCGCAGCGCCACUCAGAUGGAGUCCAACCUCCCUGCCAUCCGACAGGCCGUGGACCGCAUUCGCGUGGCUGUCCGGGACCUGCUGGAGUUCGCUAGAGGUGCCGUGGCCAACGCCACCCAGGCCACUGACCGCACGCUGCAGACCAAGCUCGGCAAGCAGGUGCAGAAGAUGGAAGAGGCCUUCCAAGGCCUGGUGAUGUACAGUCAGGCACUGGACUCUCUGGGCUGGUCCCCCGCAGCCUUGAUGGCACCAUCUACAGGCACCGGUGGGGACGACCUAGACCGCCUGGUCAUGUGUGCCCGCGGUGUGCCCGAUGACACCAAGCAGUUAGCAUCGUUUCUCCAUGGCAAUGCCUCUUUGCUCUUCAAACGGACAAACAAACAGCAGCAGCUACCAUUGCCACCCGUUCCCCAUACUCCAGACAUGCUGGGUCAGCUGACCAACAACAACAACAUCUCAGCCUAUCAGUCAGGCACACCUGAACGGGCCAACAUCCAGUCCCGCCCGUUACCCUCCCCUCCCAAAUUCUCAGCUGAGGAAGAGACUCCAGACAGGCCGCACGAGACGACAGAGGAAGGUUGGAUGGAGGACUACGAUUAUGUCCAUUUACAGGGUAAAGAAGAGUUUGAAAAGAACCAAAGACAGCUGAUGGAAAAAGGGAGCAUCAAACACAAUAAGGCUGUGCUGGAACAGCAACAGCUGAAGCAGUUUGAGCGGCUGGAGCAGGAAGUCUCUCGACCAAUCAACAAUGACAUUUCGGGCUGGACUCCGCCCUCUCAGUACCCUCAGACGCCGCGCAGUAAGCUGUGCAUGGGCGACCGGCAGCUGCUGCUCUUUUACAUGGAGCAGUGCGAGGCCAACAUCACCACGCUCACCAACGCCAUCGACGCGUUCUACUCCUCCAUCAACAACAACCAGCCGCCCAAAAUCUUUGUUGCCCACAGCAAAUUCGUCAUCCUCAGCGCUCACAAGCUCGUCUUUAUCGGAGACACGCUCUCCAGGCAAGCCAAGUCUCCCGAGGUGCGCAACAGGGUGGCUCAGCACAGCAACACGCUCUGCGACAAGCUCAAAGACAUUGUGGUGAGCACCAAGACCGCAGCCCUGCAGUACCCCUCGCCAGGGUCCGCCAGAGACAUGACGGAGAGGGUGCGGGAGCUCGCGGGCUGCACACAGCAGUUCCGCAUGGCACUCAAUCAGCUACUGGCCAUGUGAGUGAAGGGGUGAACGGGCCACAGAGCCUCUUUUAAACUCACUGGACAAACGUACCCUGUGCCAUGAGCUUUAUAUCUCCAAAAAGGACAAAAUGUUUAAAUUGGUUGUAAAUGAAUUAUUGUAAAUAUUUAAGUUGCUGUAUGUCGGGGACAAUAUAAUGGGACGAACACACGAACUUUUUGAACAAUGGAGGAGAGAGAGAUGGAACAUAUCUAAAGAGUAGAUUUAAAAGACAUUAUGCAUUAUUAUAGCUAAACUGUAAUUAUUGCUCUGAUUAUUAUAAUUGUCAUCAUUAUUAUUAUUAUGAGAUGCUGACUAAAGGUGUUUAAAAUUUUAAACGUGUAUGUAGAAGUACAACCAUUUCCAUCAAAGAUCAGAUUUUUUUUUAAUGAAUUGUGCCUGUUGGAAGCUAAAAUGGUGUUUAAUGUUUAUCCUCUUGCUGUUGUUCAAAGAGGCUGGGACAGUGUGAACGCAAAGCAUGCUGGGAGUGAGCCGAUUGACAGACAGUCCAUUUUUUUAUGCCCUUCCCUCGAUAUCUUCCCUCCAUCUUGUUCACUCGGAUGCACGUCAUUGCUUACGUUACACGAGUGCCCACUUCUG